CUUCUCCCCCCCCAAGUGCUUAAUCAGCUUUUUCGCACCCCCACCCGAACAAAUUCCAUUCCCCAUCGCCCAUCUCCGGUCCCACGUCCCACAGUCAUUCGAUCGUUUCUUGUUUCCCCUCUCUUUCCUCCCCUUCUCUCUUUGACUAACCAUACUUCUUUUUUACUCCGUCAUUCUGCCUCGCAAUUGCCAAUCGACCCCUCUCGACUUGUACGCGGUUAAGGCGGCCACCAGCGAAAGAGAGCAUUAUCGCUCCGGAACUAUAUAUCGUUCGGGUCAUUUUCCCUCGAUCAGCCAGCGGAACCAAAGGAACAUAAGGAAAGAAGGAAACUGAAAGGAAUAUCGAAAAUAGAGGUCUCAAAAGCCUCAACGGUACGCCAUGACCGAAUACAAUGGCCGCAGGGCCCCCAACUUCUCUCAAUACCUCGACGACCUGAACGCUAUCCCAUCGCCAUACGAUCAGGCUGUCCAGCAGCAGCAGCAGCAGGGCUCAUACAACCUCGAUGCAGACCUCUCCCUCUUCACCAAUGCCGAGUUCUUCGAUUUUGAUAACUUUGGGGAUUUGAACCUCCCCGGGUUUGACUCGGUGGAGAGCGACAACUUGAAGAAGAAGGAAAGCAACCAAGCCACGGGCCACAACUCAGAUAUGGAAUUCUUGGAUCUUCUCGGUGGCUUUGGCAACAUGCCCGAGUAUUCAGCUACCGGCUUCAACUCCGUCAAUGCUCAGCCCCAACCUGCAUCUCUUCAGAAUGCACAGUUCUCGACUGUCCCACAGAUGCCGAAUGGAUCCCUUAAUGCUGCCUCUAGCCCUAACGAGUCCAUCUCGACCUCAUCACCUUCGCCUGCAGCACAAUCGCAGGCCCCCGCUCCCCCUGCCUCUACCUCGUCUUCCGCCGUCGGACCGAAGCGUAAGAACACCCAGAAGUCGGCUGCUAUGAGUGUGGAGGAGGCAGCGCGGGUUGCAGCAGAGGAGGAUAAGCGUCGGCGUAAUACUGCUGCCAGUGCGCGGUUCCGCGUGAAGAAGAAGAUGCGUGAGCAGGCACUUGAAAAGACUGUCAAGGAGACAACGGAAAAGAAUACUGCGCUUGAGGCCCGCGUCACUGCUUUGGAGCUUGAAAACCAGUGGUUGAAGAAUCUGAUCACAGAGAAGAACGGGCAAUCAUCUGAGGAAGGCAAAAAGUCUGAAAAUGAUAUUGCGGACAUGUUCAAGAAGUUCCUUGCUUCGCAAAAGGCUGAGGGCCAACGGAAUAGUGCUGAGUCGAGGAUCGGUGUGGGCACUGCUUAAAUGGAAUCCAAGUAAAGUUACGCUGAUUGAAUGGCGUUAUGUCAUUGUGUUUAUGCUCAGGCUUUCACUUCUUGUUCAUACUUAAUUGGAGCAUUAGGAGACUGGGGAAGGCGUCUCACGGAGCAAGGGUUGGUGGGAGGCAUGAGUGAUGAUUUUUCAAACGUUUGAUGGUUCAGACUCCACUCCAACGUGGUAAAAAAAAGAUGGUUUGUUUAUUCUUUGGCUUCUCACGUUUUAUAUCCCAGUCUAUAGGUAUUUCAACAUUCUACAAUAGAUGGCUAUGUGCAGCCUACAUAGCUGCCAAGUUUUAAUCAUAUCGAUAUCAUCCACCA